AGAGAACGCUCCGGCUUCAUGGGGGAAGGAGCGACAUGGGCAACCGCUGCAGCUGCGGGCGCCCGUGCAUACUUCUUCACAGCAGAAGCUGUUAGUGAAGGAAAGCGUGCCCUGGGGUCUCGAUGUCUCUGGAAGUUCAGCCCUUGGCAGGAUUCUCACCUCAACGUGCAUGGGCAGCAAAGGAUGCCAGAAUUUGGGACCCAGCAUGAAGCAGAAAUUAGGAACUGUCCUUCACUUUUUAAAAGGAAGAACGAAAAGCAAGGAACCAGUGUGAGACAUGAGAGCCAACAGCACCAGCCUGGCAGAAAGGCUCCAGCAUAUGAAAAUGUCACGGAGUUUCCAGUCUAUGCUACCGUGAAUAAACCCAAGAACACAAAGCAGGAUGACAGCAUUCAUUAUGCAGACAUCCAGGUGUUCACCAAGGUGCGGGAGCGUUCUGCGGAAGAGGUGAAGAACUUGCAAAUGCAGAAUGCCACGGAGUAUGCCACCCUCAACUUCCCCCGGCCCCGGCUGAAAUACGACAGCAAAAAUGGGACCUUGGUUUAAAAAGCUUGGUAGCCCCUGCCUCCUUCAGCAGCUAAAGGAUUCCACAGACAUAGAGAUGCUGCAGACUCAGGCUAACCUCAUGAACACGUCAAGCCUGCCUGCAGAAAAGAGAGGCUGUGUCUUUCACCUGCACGAGGAUACACGCAUUUACUCUCACGUGAGGAGUAGUUGCCUCUGGUUCUGCUGGCCAAAAGCCAGCCUGUUCCCCUUGGCUCUGCACAGCUCUGUGUGGGAAUGCAGCAUACAAGAUUCUGUUCUGGGGCAAGAGAGAUGUUGCCAUGGGAUUUUGUGUUGAUAUUAAGAACAGAAUGUGGUUGAUACUGGGAGGAAAUUGCAUGGAGAUUCUAGCAGUAACUGCCGUAAGGUCUUCCUCCGGUACCAGCAACUGCACACUGCAGUCAUGCACAUCGUGCAUCUCCUUUUCUCAAAAAGCAGUGUUUUCCCACCAGGCACAGCACACUGAGGCCAAGGCCAGAAACGCAGAAUUAACUGAUGGGUACAGAACAAUUCCUUCCAUUGAAGGGCAGUACCAAUACACAUUCUAAUCCCAAAAUGCACAGAAGCAAGCAAUGAGCUCUUUUCUCUGAAAAUGAAAGAAGGAAAACCUGCAGCUUAUCUGAUAGGCAGCCACUUAAAGCUACUGCCUAUAUUUAGGGUACUUACCCAGUCCUUGGGCUGCAGUAGCUGUUUGCGUGUCUGAGAUACUGUGAAUGAAUCCUGGACAAUUCUAAAGAGGGCUUUGCACUUUUUCUUAAUUUUUUUAUUUUGUGUUGUCAGCCGUAGUUAUAAAACCCUGCAACAUAGAGCACAUGCCAUGUGAUGUCUUCUGCUAAAGCUCCCGAAGACACUUUGGAGAAUUCACUUAUGGGUUUAAAAUAGUGUUAGCAAUGCAGGACAGCAACCAUCCACAAUCUUCUACCGUGGGGCUGCAUCUGACAGUUGUGGUGUUGGCAGCUGAGAGGGCUCCCAGGCAGUGUCCUUGGGCCCUGACUCAGUAGUUGGCACAUUCUGUUCCUAAGUAAUGGUCUGCACAGCCAAAUGCAGGUUGUGGAGCAACUUGUUUAUUGCCAGUCUUGAAAAAUGGACAUCCUGGUACCUUUUAUAAAUGUGCAAUAUUUUGCAUGUUAUGGCUCAUCUAAAUGUAAAAGGAAAACCAUGAGGGAGUUCCUCCUUGUAACACAAAAUUAAAGCUGAUAUGGGUACUGUGUGCUAAGACGGAAGCGCUGUGAGGACCAGUCCUACAAUCUUUCUACCCGAACAGGUCUUUUUGCUCGUGCUGUCCAGCAGACAUCACUGAGGCUAUUAUAAGGCCAGAGUAAGGUUUGCAAAAAGGCCUUUUUAAAUAAUGAAUGGAGACAGUCUAUUUUUCUACCCGAACAGGAUAUUUUCUUUUUGCCCAUGCUACUGAGCUGAGCUCGGCUGGGCUACUGGAAGGCCUGAAACCUCUGAGAUCCCCAAGCCCAACCGCAGCCCAUCCCGCCGUGCCCACUGAGCGCCCCUCAGUGCCGCGGUGUGGAACAGCCCCGGAUGUGACCCGGCGCUCCCUGGGCAGCCUGCUGAGGAGCAGCGUGUCGUGGAGGUGACCAAGUGCCCUGCUUUGAGAACGGCGGUAGUGAAUCGGCUUGAUUGCCAGGCUCCGAACUGAUAAGAAGCCAAAGUCACACAAGUUUUUUUUCCUAAAAGCCUUGUUUUUGCACUGAUCAACAGACUCCAACAGCUUGUCUCCUCUGUUUCCCACGAUUGGCCUGCGCAGGGGUUAACACUCGUGUUAAUAUAUCGAACGCUCCUUGGACAUUAAAGAUUUUUGGUUCCAGCUGA